AGAACAAAAAAACAAGGGAAGGAAGAAGAAGGCAGGCUGCUAUUUAAAAAAAAAAAAACCUUCCAAAGAUUCGCCACACGUUCCCUCCGUCCAGCGGUGCAGCGCGCUCACAGCAGCCACGCGAUGGACGUCCUCCGCGGCACGAAGAAGGACGCGUUCCGCGCGCUCUGCGGCGCCCUGCUGCUCCUCUGCAGCGCGUCCGCGCAGGAGCACAAGAACUCCCAGUGUCACAACUACGCGGGGGGACACGUCUAUCCCGGGGAGGCUUUCCGAGUGCCGGUGUCCGACCAUUCCCUUCACCUCAGCAAAGCCAAGAUUUCAAAGCCUGCGCCACACUGGGAAGGAACGGCCGUCAUCAAUGGUGAAUUCAAGGAGACAAAACUGUCGGACUACAAAGGCAAAUAUCUCGUCUUCUUCUUCUAUCCUCUGGACUUCACGUUUGUCUGCCCCACUGAGAUCAUCGCUUUCAGCGACCGCGUGCACGAGUUCCAAGCCAUCAACACCGAGGUGGUCGCCUGCUCCGUCGACUCCCAGUUCACCCAUCUGGCCUGGAUUAAUACGCCCAGAAAGCAGGGUGGACUCGGACCAAUGAGAAUACCUCUGUUGUCUGACCUCACGCACCAGAUUUCAAAAGACUACGGAGUCUACCUGGAGGACCAGGGACACACACUGAGAGGACUCUUCAUCAUUGAUGACAAAGGAACCCUGAGGCAGAUCACCAUGAACGAUCUUCCGGUGGGGAGAUCUGUGGACGAGACUCUGCGGCUGGUGCAGGCCUUCCAGUACACCGACAAACACGGAGAGGUGUGCCCAGCCGGAUGGAAGCCAGGCAGCGACACAAUCAUUCCCGACCCUUCAGGCAAGCUGAAGUAUUUUGACAAACUGAACUGAUCUGCGUCCCUGUCGUUGGAGUGUGUGAAAUCCAUCACUUCAAAUCCAAAUAAAAUUUCUUUUCAUAGAAAAACACUG